AAGAAAACCCAAGUCUCAGACUCAAAACCUCACUUCCUACCCUUCUUGAACCCUAAUUCAAGCAUGGGUUCAAAAACCCUUGCAAUGGUGUAUGUUUGCAUGUUAUUCAUGUUAAUCUCAUUACCACCAACCCACUCUUGCCCUCAACACUGCGGACCACCUUACCCGCCUUACGGCGGCCGCCCCUCUCUGCCCGGCCACCACCACCCCCAUCCACCCUUCCCUCCCAAACACCACCCCCUCCCACCCUCCCCUCCCAAGCACCACCCUAGUCCCCCUCGGCCGCCCGCCAUCGUGCCUCCAAUAAUCAUGCCACCUCCGGUCAUCACUCCACCAAUCAUAAACCCGCCUGGGAUCAUCCCGCCCAUCAUAAACCCUCCCGUAACAAAGCCCCCGCCUUCGUCCUCUUAUCCUCCCUACACCCCUCCACCUCCGCGGGCUACGUGCCCUAUAGACGCGCUGAAACUAGGGCUGUGCCUCGACGUACUGGGAGGGUUAGUCCACGUGGGAAUCGGAAACCCGGCGGAGAACGUAUGCUGCCCGGUGCUACAAGGGCUCCUUGAGUUGGAGGCUGCCGUUUGUUUGUGCACAACAAUAAGGCUUAAGCUUCUCAACCUCAAUAUUUUCCUUCCUUUGGCGCUGCAGCUGCUGGCGACGUGUGGCCUCACGCCGCCACCGGGAUUCAUGUGCCCGCCGCUCUAAACUUUCUGCUCAUGGAGAUGGAGUAGAUGUCGCAACACAGUUUGGGCUUUUGUAAUACUUAAUUUUCUGAUUAAUUUUCCUAAAUGUUUUGUAUUACUCCUACUACUUGUGUGUUUACUUGACUAAACGUUUGUCAUCUCUGUCUUGUCAUUAAUAGCAUUAUUUCAAUUUCUGUUA